AUGUUGGAGCACAAAAAGAAAUUGCUUCAAAUUUCAGGUUCUAAGUUACUUUUUGGAGGAGAAUCCUUAGAGAAUCAUUCUUUUCCACCUAUAUAUGGUGUUCUGAAGCCAACCGCCAUUUACAUUCCCGUUGAAGAAAUUUUAAAGGAGGCUAAUUAUGAACUUAUUGUAACUGAUUCUAAGAAGGAUCAAUUAUCGAUGGUUUUGGAUGCUUUGGAUCGAAUGCGUGUACAUCUAACUGUUGCCAUCGUCUCAAACGAUCCCAUCUUCUUGCAGGUAGGCAGGGAUGAGGAGACUAAUGUUUCAAAAUCAUCAAGUUCAGCUAGAAGCAAGAAAACAGUGAUGGAGCACUGUUACGAACCUGAAAUGGUGGAGGCCUAUCGAGAAAGCAUGUUGAAAGCAUUUAAGAGGAUCCUUGAAGAUGGCAUCUUUAGUUUUGUCAUUUGUAUGUCCUUUUCUUGCUGGAAUGUGUGCUUCGUCUUAGUGGUUGACCGCAAUCUGCGGGUACCUGAUUUUGCUCCAUUUCGGGCAGUUGGAAAGGGAUCGGGUUAUGAAGUUUAUGUAUUAGAAGCUACAUACAAGGAUCCUGCGGGCUGUGCAGCUAGGAAUGUGCAUGGUUUUACCCUAGAUGAUAUCCAACAGAUGGCAGGACAAUGGAAAGAAGCUCCAUCAUUAUACUUGCAACUGGACAUCAGGUCAUUAUCUCAUGGAGAUGACCUGAAGAAGAGUGGUAUUCGGGAGGUUGACAUGGACAUGAAAGAUGGAGAUCAUGAAGAAGGAUUAUCAGGACAGCAGGAACAAAAGCCUGAGAAAAUGAACUUACCAGCUGUCAGAGAUCUUGUACCUGAAGAUUCUUUAAAAGAUGAAAAGAGAUGGGAUGCUGAGGGGGACCAUCCUGUGGAGGUAAAAGAAUUAAGUAGGAGUAAAUGGUCAAUUCAUUUGGAUGAAGAUGAACGUGAAGGAUCAGAAACUAUUAAGGAAAAUUUGAAUGCUCUCUCCGGGUUGAUCCAAGCAUGUGGGAAGAAAGGAAAAUCUGUGCAUUGGAGUGACAAGCCCUUCAAUACAAAAUUGGCAUGUAGCGUCUAGCAGUGUUGCUUCUUACCUGGGAGGAUGAAUGACCAUGGAUCAUUGUGAUGAAAUUAUAGGGAAAGAUCACUUAAAUGUUUUACUAUAAGUUGUCAGUUUGAUGAGGUCAGUCGAUCAACAGAAGAAAAUCUUUUAAGGGCCUAAAUAUAGAUAAUCUGAUGAGAUCUGUUUCAGAGCAAUGGUAUUUCCCAUAGUUCGGCAGGAAAACUCCCGGCUAGGCAGCUGUCUCCCAAUUUUUGUUAAAAAAAAAAAACUUUUGUAAUUUUAUUUUUCUGUUUUGAAUACGUGUUUCCUCUAAUUAGUUCUGUUUGAUAAUUUAAAAAAUAAAGGUUUCUGCUAUGAAUCUCGAACGAACCCAACCAUUUGCAUUAGUUUCACGUCCAUGUCCGACUUGGACACAACUCCGAAUACAUGUCGGAUGCUACCUUAUACAGCAAAAAGAAUCAUUUUUGUAUGGACAAGGCGACUGGCACUAAAAAUUCAAAACAAGAAAAAAAAAAC